ACAGCGGUAUUUCACAAGCCUUUCCACUGACUGCCACGUCGAGUUCCGUGAGGACCAGCAGAUUUCUUACUCACUUUACUUUCUGCUGUAACAAACCUGACGUCCAGAACUCUGGGAGAAACACUGGAAGCGGGAGCUAAAACAAAUCUGUCAGCGUGGAACUGCUCACAACCCGGAUCUUCAGGGAUGAGCGGGGACAUCAUGGGCAACACAAUGGCGCCAGACAUUUGUUACUGCAACAGAACAGGUUCCUGUGAGCACAGCAAAGACAGAGUAAACGGUCAUCAAGACAUCAUGAGGCAGCUCAAAGGCAAACCCAAAAAAGAAUCGUCCAAGGACAAGAAGGAGCGUAAGCAGGCCAUGCAGGAAGCCCGACAGCAGGUGGCCACUAUAGUACUGCCUACACUAGCUGUAGUGGUGCUGCUCAUUGUUGUCUUUGUGUAUGUGGCCACCAGGCCUGGUGCUAUAGAGUAGACAUUAAAGGAACUCAUGAACUCCCAAACUGACUGGACUUUGAAAACUGACAAUGGCUAUACCCAAAGGAUUACUCUCAUCACGUGACGAGCCUCCCUCUGUAAGGCCAGUGAUUGGCCUACCAAUUUUUUUUAAAUGAAAGCCUCCCUCAAACUGUGUUUCUUUGCUCUAAGCAGAGUUUAAGCUGCAGAAAUAAUUCAAAUUGAGUGGAGAAAUAGUUUCUCCUUGGUGCCUUCAGAUGAAUGAUGAUGACACCAAUUUAAUCCUGUUCACUUGAGAGCAGCAGAUGGAUUCAUGUUGAUGUCUUACAAAAUGAUGCAAAGUCAUGCAUACCAAAGGACUUGUGCACAGCUUGCCAAGUUUGACCAGAAAUGAUAAAAAAAGAAACUUUUGUACCACUCUUUGGGCAGCACUCAAGCCUACCUGUAUGAAAAGAAGGAUUCAGUUUGCGUCUACUAUGUUUGAAAGCAACUAGAGGAUCUUACUGAAUGUAAUCAGAGAAUGUGUUAUCAUAAGUCCAGUUUGUUCAAACACAUUUGAAUUUCUUCAUCUUUAAUGUGAAUGUUACCCAAUUGUUUCCACUAAGUUACUUUAUUAUACUUGGAGUUACUCAUGAUAUCUGUGCAUUUGUAAUAAGGUGCCUUAACAGAUUUGCAACUGUAUUAUUUCAGUUAAAUAAAUGAAUUUUUAAAAUAA